GAGAGGAUUCUCCUGCAGGACUGGCGAGACGAUGCCUGUCAUAAAUGUAGACGACCUGACGGACAAAGACAAGGCUCUGAUGGAAGUCAACCAACUUAAAACUGAAGUCAAACUUCAGAGGUGGUUGACGUCCAAAUGCUGCGAGGAGAUGAAGGACUACAUCCAGGCCGGAGUGGACGAGGACACUCUGGUCAAAGGCAUUUCGGAGGAGAAGAACCCCUUCAAGGAGAAAGGCGGCUGCGUCCUUUUCUAGCCUGAACAUGAAGACUUCUUCAUACCUCACAUUAGCACCCAAGGACCUUCUUCCCGCUCCCCUCAAAUGGACUGGAAGGACAAAAGAAAGUAGAAAGAAUUGACCAAACUGUGCGUGUAACCCCAGCUUCUAGCGCCAUGUCAACCCUUUCGUACAUCAUAUUUUACAAAGAGUUAAAGAAAGGAACAAAGUCCCCUACUAUUAAAUGUGUAUAACUCA